AUGGUCGUCGCGCUCCCCGCUUUGUGUGCCCUGCUGCUGCAGCUCCUGGCCGGCUCGGACGCGCUCGCGGUGAGCGGCGCGGAGGCAAGGAAGCAGGGACAGGGCCAUCGCCUCGGACACCGCCAUCACCACCACGAGGCACCCCAGCGCGAGGCGCCAGAGCGGGUGGCCCCCGAGAGCGACGCCGUCGAGAGCGAUGCCCUCGAGAUCGAUGCCGUCGAUGUCGAGGCUCCCGCGCGGGAGGAGCACCGGCGCGAGGCCGCCCGGCGCGGCGAGGGCGCCGAGCGAGGUGCCUCAGACCUGGGCAGCGACCACAGUUACGAUCUCGACGAGAACCUCGGCGAGGGAACCGACGCCCUCAUGGACUUCGACGUUGACGACAGCUCCGACGAGAACGAAGACCUUUUCGAUAUGGACAUGGACAUGGACAUGGACAUGGACAUGGACAUGAACAUGGACAUGGACAUGGACGUGAACGGAUCGGGACCCAAGGUGAACUUCUCCCCGAAGAGGCGGAAGAGGUUGCACGAUGCGGCCUUCGAGAAGGACCUCGUGGUCAAGCUCGAGCUGAAGAAGAGUGUGCUCGCCACGGGCAAGGUGCUCGGCGUGAAACUGAACCUCGACACCGACUUCGAGCCUGUGUCGAUUCAGAAAAUCAAGAAGAAAGGCCUCGUGGAAGACUUCAACAAGGCUCAUCCGCAGCAGGCGCUCCACGUGGGCGACCAGAUCACCCGGGUCAACAACAUAGUCUGGCACCACAACAGCAAGACCUUCGCGCAGCGCAUCAAGGGGCAGUGGCUGGCGGCGCGCCACGGCAUGCUACCGACGAACUUCAUGACGCUGUACGUGCAGAGGCCGCGCGUCCAGAAGGAUAACCGCACCUCCGCGCAGCGCGAGGACCUGCACUACCAGAUCUACGCCUCGGACUUCACCGCUCAGCUCCGGAUGCCGGCGGAGCGGGUGGACAACAACAUGGCCAAGGCGAUGGGCUGGACGCUGGUGAAAGCCAACGACUGGAACCCGGUAACCAUCGGCAAGAUCAAGCGGAGCGGCAUCGUGGCCCAGUACAACAGCGAGCACCCAGGCAGCAAGCUUCUGGUCGGCGACGAGGUCGUGGAAGUCGACAAGAUCAACUGGCACCAGAACGCCACGACGUUCAUGAAGCGGCUGCAGGCGAGGUUCCAGAGGACCCGGGACAUUCCCGAGAAGCUCAGGGUCCUGAACCUGGCCAUCCGGAGGCCGAGGCACGUGCAAGAGCAGUACGAGAAUGGCAGCAUGAACCCUGCGAGGCGGGUGUUCGAGGUCCCGCUCAGCGUGCCCCGGAAGGAGACGACAUUGACGAAGCUGAUGGGCUGGCAGCUGGCAACCAAGGACGACGGCCCCCCAAUGCUGGCCAAGAUCGCGGCGCCCGGGCUGCUUGCCCAGUACAACCUUGACCACCCCGGGGAGGGCGUCAGUGUCGGUGACGAGAUCCUUCGGGUGAACGGCAUGCCCUGGCAUAACAAUACAGAGGCCUUCCUGAACCGCAUCCGCAAGCAAGUAGAGAAA